GUGAUCACGCCAAGAUUUUACAGGGCAAAUGAUGGCAAUAUAAAACAGGUUUCACCGUAGUUACCAAAUAGAAUAUUUCGAUUUUCAACAAAGACGAUAAUCGACCUAUAUCUAUAGCGGUAUGUAACAUAACCAUAACAAGACGACCCACUCAGAUGAAAUGCCAGGCUGAUCCAGCUUUUAACAAGUGCCAGUAGAUGUGAGAAGGAAGAAUGAAACGUGUUUCCUCAAGCCUGUCACUAUGUCGUGAAACGCUCAGUAUUAAUGUCACAUUUCCAUAGAAGAUAGCACACAGAGUGUAGGAGAGAAGGAAGCGUGUUUACACUAGUAUGUAUGGAUGGUAGCCGAGACAGGUCAUCAGAUGCCUUUGUGGUUUUUAAUUCUUCUGUCAAUUGAAUUGUGUUUAUUAAAAAUCGAUGGAUUAAAAUGCGCAUGUGCAAAGGUUAGAGCACAUGUGUUCAUUGUUAAUGAUGAUGACGGUGAUAACACCACAGCAGGCGACUUUCUUGACCCCGGCCAGUGUUUGGAAAUGAACAAUCAACAGCGACGAUUCUGGGUGGCUGUAACGUAUAAUGGAAAGAACGCGUUUGUGCAGAGUGAUCGAAUUCUCGUGAUGGAGUGCGAAAAUGCAAGGAUUUCAUUCACCCCUCUAGUAAUGAAUGCUAUAUAUAAUUGUUCCGACUGGGGACAUCGUGUGACGUUGACAGGUUGGAGUUAUCUCCCUUCGGACGAUACCUAUUAUGAUGAACACGAUAUGCCGCUAUCUUCGUUUAAGAACUUUAGAGAAAGGUCACAACAAUUCGUCAGCGUUUAUAUUGAGGAAAGUAUUGGAAUAGGCUAUGGAAGAACUAUAUGUAUACCAGAGCUGAAUCAGAAGUUGAAACGAUUGAUCAUUUUCAGGGUAGCCAACACUUACAAGCAUACAACGAAAACGAAGGAUUUCCCAAGUAUUUUAUAUGACGAUGGCACAAUAAGAAUUCAACGGAAAUUGACAGUGGUGUAUUGAUCAAUUAUAUAAGCCACGCUAAAUACUUUUGAACAGAAAAACAGAAAAACAGAAAAUGUAA